AGUCGAGUGCACCAGCAAGGCACCGCCCAUUCAGUUGUUGCUGCGUUGACGGCGUGUCUGCGCAACGAGCGGCUUCACCGACCUCGCUCGCUUUCCUUGCUCCACCGCGAGGUUUUUUGCGUGCGCUUGCCGUCUGAUCCCCGCUGCUGCUCCUCAGCGAUCUGACACGUCACACCACUUUGGGGUCUGCGUCUGUUUUCUUUCCGCAUCGAGCUCGCCGAUACACACUUGUCAGAACAAGAGCGUAGCCGUAAUGAGCCGUUGACAUGCAACUCACUGCAAAUAGCACAGACUGGAACGCAGAAGCCGCUGUGGCUGCGGCGCCCAUCGACACCUUCAUCCCACCCUACUACCGCCACACCAGCACUCGCUGCGUCUACCCCACCACCGCCGUCACCGUCCACUAUGGCACCACGGAUGCGUCGCCUUCUCCUCGCCACGAGCCUGCUGGGACGGUCGAAGUCACCUUCGCACCCUACGUGCGGCGCCACAAAACCGAAGACGCCGUCGGCAGUGGCGAUGAUGUCUUCGCGUCGACCAACGCACCAGGAAAACCGGAGGAGCUGAAAGGGAAUGCGAAGCAGGGUUUGAUGGAGGUGCUGCUGUGGGGCACCGCCGCCGGGGAGGCGAUGCUGUCCGACGUGGGUCGCACCCUCCCGGCGCCCUCGAUCGCCGAGGAGGUGCAACACCGGCUACGCGGGGUGCGCUGCGACGCCACGUACGUCACCUCGCCGCCGCUGAUGGUGGCGCUCGUCCAGGCUAUUCUGACGAAGCGCACCGACCCCGCCCGGUCCAUGGUGGACUGUGUCGCGGCGGUGGACUUGAGCCACACGCAGCUCGGCAAGGUCACGUUGGACGGUCCACCGCUGCUCUUCGAUGAAAACGGCAGCGAAGUCACCCCGCCGCCGGGCACCGCCACCGCCACCACCCGCUUCUACCCCGACGAAAGUCUGCGACGCGCAGAGACGGCGGCGGCGGUGAAGAAGAGCGUGGCAGAGCGCAGCCUGGCCUUGACCUACGUGGCGCCCCUGCUGUUUACGCCUGGCGCGCGUCUUUAUCGCAUUCGUGAGCUUGUGUGCUCGCACUGCGCGCUGACGGAUCACGACGCCCACGCGCUCGCCCUCAUUCUGAAAGCGGGCCGCGGUGGCGGAGGGGGGCGACGCGGCCCCUCCAACUUCUUCAGCCGAAAAGAUCGAGAGGGCCACGGGGCGAUGUGCUGCACCCUCGAAGCGCUCGACAUCUCCUUCAACAGCAUCACGGAGGCCGGCAUGGCGGAAAUCAAGCGGGCCAUCAAGCACAACAAGCGCAUUAAGACGAUCGUGGUGGCCGGCAACGACCUCCGCAACACGCAAAAGGUGGUUGACGGGCUCGAGCGGCGACUGCAGCGGAACAGAGAAGGGGGGACGAGUCUCUCGUGGAUGCACCCCCGCCGCUGGACACGGCUGAUAAAGAAAACAUAG